AUGGACCAACACUUCCGGAUGGUGUUCUUGUUGGAGGAGGAAUCAUGUCGUUACUUCAUCAGUGAGUUUGAUGAACAACAGCCCAGGAUGCUGCAGUUUCUAAAUGACCUGGAGGAGAGUGCUGUUCAGCUAGACGGGAUGAAUAAAGGGGCAAAGAUCUCCAGUGUGGCAGGAAGCUCGGUCGGGGAGGUUGGAGGUUUCAAAAACACAGGAGGUUUUUCUCCCAUCCACCAUCGACAACUACCAUUAGUUUACAUAUACGUUGUUUUGUCUUACAGAAAGAACCUGCAGAGGGCCUUGUGCCAGUACACCAAAGACACCCUCAGUUAUAUUAACACGCUAAAAGAAUUCAGUGAGAGGCUUCCUGAAUGGAUAAAUGCAAGGAAGACAGAGUUGAGGACUUUAACAGACAUCAAAGACAGAAAGAAGCAUGAAAAACUGGAGCAGGAGCUUGCUGCUGUGCUGAAGGACACUCUGGGAGGUCUGGAGAAGCUCGACUGCUUCCUGGAUGCAGUGGAGAGGUUGGCGGUCACCUCACUGCAUGUGUUUAAUGAGGAGAACUGGGUGUUACAUCUACCCCAAGAGAUCAGCCCUGAGACUGUUCAGGUUGGUAUCAUUGCUGCUCUGCUGGUCUGUCCACUCCUCCUCCAGUUUAAAAGAGAUGCGAAGGCCUUCUUCCUUCCCAAACUUCAGAAUGUGGAAGUGCUGGAAUAUCAGUUGGACGAAUACAUCCAGACCACCCAGAAGAUCUGUGACAAGUUAGAGGAAAGCUCUUUCAGUGAGUUUUGCCUGAGGAUGAAUAUGGAAACUGUGGUAGAUCUUGAUGUGGAUUUGUCUGAAGAUGACAUACAAAGGAUGCUUUGUCACAUCAAUCAGCUUAAUGAAAUCAGGAUGGACCAGCACUUCCGGAUGGUGUUCUUGUUCAAGGAGGAAUCAUGUCGUCACUUCAUCAGUGAGUUUGAUGAACGACAGCCCAGAAUGCUGCAGUUUCUAAAUGACCUGGAGGAGAGUGCUGUUCAGCUAGACAGGAUGAAUAAAGGGGCAAAGAUCUCCAGUGUGGCAGGAAGCUCGGUGGGGGCGGUUGGAGGUGUCCUUACCAUCAUUGGUUUGGCAUUAAUUCCUGUAACAGCUGGAGUGUCUCUUGCUCUGACAAUGACUGGGGUGGGGCUGGGAAUUACCAGCGGAGUUAACAGCGCUGUCACCACAGCCACAGAGAUUGGAGUCAACCGCACAUAUCAAAAUAAAGCCAGUGAAGCCUUCCAGAGCUUCAUGGAGGAUGUGCAGAGUCUCCAGGAUUGUCUGGAGGAGGUCAUCAACAGUCAGAAAGAUGUAGCUGUGGGAGUAAGCAAGGUGUUUUGUAAAGUUGGUCUUGUUGGAAAAAGCAUAGAGUCACUUGUUAUGAAGAUGUCGAAAAGUAAAAAGCAGAUAGCAGGUGCUGGCAAAGUAGUGGCCGUGGAAGGUAAAGUGUUAAGUGACAUGUCCAAAGUGGCGUCACAUGUCCCAGUUGUUGGUCAGGCAGCAGUCAAAGGGUCCCUUGCUCUCACCAAGUCAGCCAGGGCUGGUCUCAUUGCACUCAAUGCUCUUUUCAUUGGCAUGGACAUCUUCUUCAUCUGUAAAGACAGCAUCAGUCUGGCCAAAGGCAGUGAGACUGAAGUCUCACAGCUCAUCAGAGCCAGAGCUGCACUUUGGAGCUCAGAGAUGGACUCGUGGAAGAAGAUCCGUGAUUCUUUGCAUCAGGGUCUGCUGACAUCAGAGGAAAAACGAGCUAUCCUGGAGACACCGUUUUAUCCAGAGGGGUAGACAGAGUCACGAUGAAAAUUCCCAUCUGAUCUAGUUUGUGAAAAACAAAUGAAAAACAGUUUUGUGCAUGUAUGUAUAAAGAUUUAAUCCUGCAUACAUCAGAAAAUCACUGAGCAUCCUCAUUUAAGUUUAUCUUUAGAGAUUAAGUUGGGAUUCUUAUGAUUGUUAACCAACUACUGUUUUCAAUGAUUACAUAACCAGCAUAUCUUUUGUUUCUUGUUUCAAUCUAUAUAUCAUACCUUUUGCAGAUUAUUUUAGUACACACACACACA